GAGGAAUCAUUUAUAAACUUGUAACUUUUUUAUUAAGUCCUUUCUUUAAUUUAAAUGAUUAUCUAAUAAAGAAUGUUUUCCGCUAUACGUAUACUCGUGCGUCUAACUCAUAUUCUUUUAUCAGUGCAUCGAUCCCCACUUAAUUCUAACAUCGACUUGAUUUCUGUAGUGAUGAUUAGGAUAUAAGUAAUAAUAAUGGGAAUGUCCCAGAGAUCCACAAGGGACGAGGUAGUCAAGUCGACCCCACUCUGCUCAAGACUGACCGCAUCUCUGGGAAAAACCGAAAAUUUAAAACAUAAGACUUCGUAGAACUACAAGAAUCAUCAGCGUUGCGUAUUCGAGCUAGUAUAGCGUCAGUACUCCGCGCGAGAUCGCGGUGACCUUUAAUCGUGAUAACUAUUGACAUUAAAUUGCAAUUUUUAAAAAAACAUGCGUGACAAUUAUUUCUCAUGUAUUUCUAUCGUAAUUUUACUGAAUAUAGUACACUUCAUCUCUGUGGAUUCUUAUAUUCUUCCGAAUGUAGAAUUUAAAUUUCUUAAUCAGCAGGGAGUUCUUAUAUCAAUUCCGGACGAGCCAGGAUUGACAUUUUUCGCGAUCCAUGGAAAUAUUAAUAAAGACAUUGGGUUGAAUCAGAUGGGAGAAAUAUCCCGCGAGAUAUACAGAAAGGACAAUGAAAAAUGGUCCAUUUGGGAUAAAGAUGCAAACUUAAGAGUUGGGGAUACUCUAAAUUAUUGGUUUGUUGUACAAGUUAAUGGAACAGAGUACAAGAGCCACAUUGAAAGAUGGAUAGUUACGACUACAGGCGAAGGAGCGCAGGACACGAAAAAUUCUGGAUCCCUUGUCGAUGAAUUAUUAUUCGAAGAAUCUUUCAAUACUUUGAAUAAAUCAAUUUGGAGUCGCGAGAUUAAGUUGCCACUAAGUCCUGAUUAUGAAUUUUGUAUCUACCAUAACGAACACCAUGAACUAUUAGUGAAUAUUAGUGACGAUAAACUUCGUAUCAUGCCAGGAAUCUUAGAAGAUUAUUAUGGUGAGGGUGUAACUGGAUAUGGAACGCUAACGAUUAGCGAUUGUACUAGCGAAUUACCAGAAGAAUGUUCGCGUAAAGUGGUCAAUUUUAAUAUUAUACCGCCUACUAUAUCAGUGAGAUUAACUACGAAGAACAGUUUCUCUUUUCGAUAUGGUAAAAUCGAGAUAAGGGCAAAAUUUCCUAAAGGGGACUGGUUAUAUCCAGAGAUGUGGCUGAGACCAAAGUACAAUGAUUACGGUACCGGAUAUGCCAGCGGAUGCGUUAUUCUCGGUCUUGCCCGCGGAAACGAUAACUUGGUCAACGCGACUGGAAGUAUUUUCGAUUCAAGAAGAUUAGAUUGUGGAUUCAGACAAGGUGUAUCGCAAAAUGUGGGGAGUUACAUGGUUUCUAAAAUACGAGAAAAUGGUCCGAAGUGGACGGAAGAUUUUCACACCUAUACAACUAUUUGGAGCAGCGGUGGAUUCCAAUUUUUAGUAGAUGAUGAAGAAAUAGGUAAACUGACACCUGGAACAAAUGGUUGGAUAAACGGGAGCAAUGAAAUGGCCCCUUUUAACAAAGAGUUUUAUAUUAGUCUUGGAGUCGGGGUUGGUGGUAUUCGUGUGUUUCCUGAUAACACAACUUCUUCAAACUACGCGAAACCAUGGGAAAAUCUCCAUGCGAAGGCAAUGUUAAAAUUUUGGAAAGCAAGAAAUAAUUGGUUGCCUAGUUGGAAGCGUCAAAAUAAUGCCUUUGAGAUCGACUAUAUUCGUGUGUGGUCAUUAAAAUAAUAUUGUAAUUAAAAAUAAAUAAAUUCAAUUUUUUAAUAGAAA